AUGCAUCUCGUCCCCAAAGAAUUAGACAAGCUGGUCAUUUCCCAGCUAGGCCUCCUUGCACAGCGACGACUUGCUCGAGGCGUGAAGCUGAAUCACUCAGAAGCAGCAGCUCUCAUCGCGAACAAUCUCCAAGAACUUAUCCGCGAUGGCAAUCACACAGUGGCAGACCUCAUGUCAAUCGGGGCUACUAUGCUCGGUCGCCGCCAUGUUCUCCCGUCCGUCUGCUCGACUCUCACAGAGAUCAUGGUCGAAGGUACCUUUCCCACGGGAACCUACCUCGUCACGGUGCACCACCCAAUCAGCAGCGAUGAUGGCGAUCUUGCGAAGGCUUUGUACGGCAGCUUCUUGCCCAUCCCGGAUAUAAACGUGUUUGAAAUGCCUGCAGCCGAAGAAUACGAGGCUACGAAGCAGCCGGGUGCGGUUGUGACGGUCAAGGGGAAGGUGGUGCUGAAUGAGGGUAGGAAGAGGAUUAGAUUGAAGGUUACAAGCAAGGGAGAUCGACCAAUACAGAUUGGUUCCCACUAUCACUUCAUCGAGACGAAUCCCCAGCUCGAGUUUGACCGCAUCAAAGCAUAUGGAUACCGCCUUGACAUCGCCGCAGGAACUUCUGUCCGUUUCGAGCCUGGAGAUGCCAAGACUGUUACACUUGUUGAGAUUGGCGGAAAUAAAGUCAUCCGUGGUGGGAAUCACAUUGCUACUGGCAAGGUGGAUCUUUCUCGUGUCGAGGACAUCCUUUCCAAUCUUCAACAAGCAGGUUUCGCCCAUGUUCCUACUGCUAUCGGUGAUGCUGCACAUAUUGAUAUGUUUGAGAUGGACAGAGCUGCUUAUUGCACUAUGUUUGGCCCUACUACUGGCGAUACUGUUAGACUGGGCUUUACGGACCUUUGGGUCAAAGUUGAGAAAGAUCUUACUUCUUUCGGUGAUGAGUGCAAGUUUGGUGGCGGUAAGACUCUACGAGAAGGUAUGGGUCAGGCUACUGGAGUAUCGGAUGAAGUUUCAUUGGAUCUUGUUAUUGUGAAUGCCUUGAUUGUCGAUUGGAGCGGUAUAUAUAAAGCAGAUAUUGGAGUCAAGAACGGUGUCAUAGUUGGCAUUGGAAAAGCUGGAAAUCCAGAUGUGAUGGACGGUGUGGCUCCUAACAUGGUUGUUGGAUCUUGCACGGAUGUUAUUGCUGGAGAAGGAAAGAUUAUUACAUCAGGUGGUUUUGAUUCUCAUAUUCACUUUAUCUGCCCUCAACAAGUGUAUGAAGCAAUCUCAUCUGGUAUUACCACUAUGCUUGGAGGAGGAACGGGCCCUAGUGCUGGCACAAGUGCAACAACUUGCACUCCUGGAAAGAACUACAUGCGUCAAAUGCUCCAGGCUUGUGAUACCCUACCAGUCAACCUUGGAAUCACAGGCAAAGGAAACGACAGCAAUCCUUUAGCACUCCGAGAGCAAGUAAUUGCCGGUGCUUGUGGUCUCAAACUCCACGAGGAUUGGGGCACGACUCCUUCAGCUAUUGACUCCUGCUUGACAGUCUGUGAUGAGUUUGAUGUCCAAUGUCUCAUCCACACUGAUACAUUGAACGAGUCCGGUUUCGUCGAAUCAACUAUUGCAGCAUUCAAAGACCGUGCAAUCCACACAUAUCACACCGAGGGUGCUGGUGGUGGCCAUGCUCCAGAUAUCAUCAGUGUCGUCGAGCACGCCAACGUGCUACCUUCCUCAACCAACCCAACACGACCAUUUACGAGGAAUACACUUGACGAACAUCUCGACAUGUUAAUGGUAUGCCAUCAUCUGUCCAAGAACAUCCCCGAAGACGUCGCGUUCGCCGAAUCCCGUAUCCGCGCCGAAACAAUCGCCGCCGAGGACGUCCUCCACGAUCUCGGCGCCAUCAGCAUGAUGUCUUCGGAUUCUCAAGCCAUGGGUCGCUGUGGAGAAGUCAUCCUCCGCACCUGGAACACAGCUCACAAGAACAAAGUCCAGCGCGGCACACUAAAGGAAGACGAAGGAACAGGAGCAGACAACUUCCGUGUGAAGAGAUAUGUCAGCAAAUACACCAUCAACCCAGCGGUUGCACAGGGCAUGGGCCAUGUAAUCGGAAGUGUCGAAGUAGGCAAAUUGGCCGAUCUCGUAGUUUGGGACCCGGCUUGGUUUGGUACGAAACCUACAACUGUGAUUAAAAGCGGUUUGAUCUCCUACGCACAAAUGGGGGACCCCAACGCUUCCAUCCCAACCGUCCAACCAAUAAUCUCACGCCCCAUGUUCGCGCCCCUCGUGCCCCAAACGUCCAUCCUCUUCGUCUCCCAAUCGUCUAUUACAAGCGGUACUAUCGCUUCCUACGGACUGAAGAAACGCAUCGAGGCGGUGAAGAACUGCCGGAAGAUCGGGAAGAGGGAUAUGAAGUUCAAUGAUGUGAGGCCGAAGAUGAAGGUUGAUCCAGAGAGUUAUAGGGUUGAGGCCGAUGGCGUGCAUGCUACGUGUGAAGCGGCUACGGCGUUGCCGUUGACGCAGGCGGCGUAUGUUUAUUGA